UUCAUUGGCGUAUCGCGCCGUCGCUCGGAGGCAACCCCGCCCCCUCCAAAGCUUACAUUUACGCUGUAGCAAAAGAGAAAGUAACUCUGUGUUGCUGCUGGGGAUCAAUGAAGCUGAGUGAAUGGGGGCGCACUGCGCGAGCGCAUAGCUGGAGCGGGCGCCAGAUGGUAGAGGGCUACGCUUAUUGAUGAAACUCUUGACUUCUUGAAUUGCCAGUUUUCAGCCUCCUCAUGCCUCCAUCUCCUUUAGACGACAGGGUAGUAGUGGCACUAUCUAGGCCUGUCCGACCUCAGGAUCUCAACCUUUGUUUAGACUCAAGCUACCUUGGCUCUGCCAGCCCAGGUAGUGGUAGCCACGCUCCUGUCCUUGCCACCGCCGUUGUGACCCUCAAGGCUGCGAAUCUGACGUAUAUGCCCUCAUCCAGCGGCUCUGCCCGCUCCCUGAAUUGCGGAUGCAGCAGCACUAGCUGCUGCACUGUGGCAACCUACGACAAGGAUCAUCAGGCCCAGACUCAAGCCAUUGCUGCAGGCACUGCCACCACCGCCAUAGGAACCUCGACCACCUGCCCUGCUAACCAGAUGGUCAACAACAAUGAAAACACAGGCUCUGUGUUAAGUCCAUCGGGUGGGGUGGGCAGCCCUGUGUCAGGGACUCCCAAGCAGCUAGCCAGCAUCAAGAUCAUCUACCCCAAUGACCUGGCAAAGAAGAUGACCAAAUGCAGCAAGAGUCACCUGCCCAGCCAGGGUCCCGUCAUCAUCGAUUGCAGGCCUUUCAUGGAGUACAACAAGAGUCACAUCCAAGGAGCUGUCCACAUUAACUGUGCCGAUAAGAUCAGCCGGCGAAGGCUGCAGCAGGGCAAGAUCACUGUCUUAGACUUGAUUUCCUGUAGGGAAGGCAAAGACUCUUUCAAGAGGAUCUUUUCCAAAGAAAUUAUAGUUUAUGAUGAGAAUACCAAUGAGCCGAGCCGUGUGACACCAUCCCAGCCACUUCACAUAGUCCUCGAGUCCCUGAAGAGAGAAGGCAAAGAACCCCUGGUAUUGAAAGGAUGAAAUUUCUCUGUAUGAGUUUCUUUGUGCUGUUGCUGUGAGAAGAUGCUCCAGCCAGAAGCCAGGAAGGGUUUCUUGGUACUCACAGUUUAAAGGGAAGAUGUGGUGGCCAGUGCGUGAGGCAGCGGGUUCCAUGGUGUCUGCAGCCAGGAAGCAGAGAGAGAUGCUUGCUUUCUCGCUUUUCUCCUGGGGCCCAGCCCCACAGGAACGGCGAUACCCACAUUGCAUCUUUUCAACUUAACCGAGUCAAGUAAUCCUUCACUCGCAUGCCUGGACACUUUUAUUUCCUUUUGAUUUUAGGUCCCUUCAUAACCCCUCUUUGGUAAAUUUCCAUUGGCUACAUUUACCAUAUACCAUAUGUGCUAUGUGAUCUUACUAAUUGAGAAAAAUUAAAGAGGUGAACAAACAAUGAAUGGCCAUUUAUUUUCAAAGCCUCUUGUUGAUGGCUGAGCCCCUGCCUUAAAACAAACUUUUAUUGUAAAGUAAAUGAAGGCACAUUUUGCAUUCAGCUUGCUAGUGCUUUCUAAUCAUGAAGGGUUUUUGUUUUUGUUUUCUGUAGAUGUUUUCAUCCAGAACUCAAGAACAAAAUCUCCAUGUUAUGUUUGUUUUCGGAAUAUAUCUAUGUCAGAUAUCAUUACUUAACAGUUAGCAAAUCUGUAUUCCCCUUUCACCGGCAAGACCCGUAUUUUAUGUAGCUUAAAGAAAAGGAAGGGUGAUUUGUCCUUGCAUAGGAAAUCCGCUGUGCCUGCUUGAAACUUACACAGGAGAGAAAGGCAGUGCCCUCUCAAGUCUUUGCUACCCUUCCCACUGCUGUGCUGAAAUUCCCAGUGGAAAGCAGGCUAAGGGAAGAAGGUUUUAUUCUGGCUUAGGGUUUGAUGGGGAAAGCCCAUCAUGUUGAGCAAGGCCAUGAGGAUGCUUACUCUUGUCUGGGCUCACCAGACUUUCUCCCUCUUUAACUUGGAGUGGACCUCCAGCCUAGGAGGCAGGACCCUUACAACUUUUUGCAGCAUUCUUAUAGACACAUCAGAGGUAUGACUCCUACUGAGUUUCAAUCCAGUCAAGUUGACCAGAUGAGAGACCCUACCAUAGGUCUGUCUCUUGUCAGCUGGGCAUCCAAACACAUCCCUAGCAAACCAUCAGUCCAUGUUCUGCCCUGGUAAAGUAAAAGUGCCUUUACAAAGAGAAAGUUGGUGUAGAUUCAAUACAUUAUCUGACUUCUUUAAUGUUUUAUUUUUGACAAAAGCCGCCUCACAGCCCCACCCCAGUCUUGAAUUUCAUGGAAAAACAAACCGAGUCCAGCUGUUCUUUGUGUUUCCAGAAAGGCUUUGCUUCUUGUCUUACCCAGGGAGUAGAAUCCCACUGGGUAUCUGCUGCCCACUCCUAAUAUCAAGUAUGUAGAAGAAACACACCUGAUCCAGGGAUGGUGUCAGGCCCAUGUGACUUUACCUUGUGUCUGAAGUAAGCACUGUGAGGGGUAGGACACUGCUGCCCAGAUCAAUACCUUCUAUUUUAUUCAUUCCAUGGAAGGAAUCAUUUCACACCCUUUGAAUCAUGGCCCUGAGCUCCACUACCAACCACUGCACUAAAUAGUACCAGAUGUUGCUACUGGAAAGAGAGAAGAAGAAAAAAAAAAUCAGAUGGGAGGAGGGGCCAGGAGGUGUGGGGGCGAGGGGGGUGGCAGGAGGGAGGCAGCAGGAGGAGCGCAGUCGUAACCUGGGGAUCAGGUGACAGCUGCAGACUCCACCCUCAGGCAAGGGUUCAGUUCCAGACUGCUUUCACUGGUUCCCUCUUGAAACCGAGAGCAGACUUCAUGGAGGACAGUGACUGAAGAAAAACGGACCAUUUUCUUGGGUUUUGUACUUCCAUGCUUAUAAAGAAAUCACUUUUUUUUUAAUGCUAAGAUUUUGAAAAGAGUGAGUCAUACGAUUCUCUCAAUGUGAUAUUUUAAUGCACCAUUCCAGUCGUUGACUUCAGGAAAAAAAAAAAAAAAAAAAAGAGCAGGAAAGCCCAGGGGUGGGAUGUGUGCUUGUUGAAGGAGCACCUGGCCCAGUAGCGGAGGACCCAGAAGAUGGGCAGACAUAAAAACUGAUCUUUUGAUUUCAAGUCUAAGCACCUUUCAGGCUGAUCACAUUGCUAUUUAAAGAUGGGCCUUGGGUCUCCUUGAUGAGUGCAUUGUCCUGGAGGUGCAUCCCAUUAAAUACAACUUCCCUUCCCCCAAGUCCUUGGCUGUCUUCAAGUGAAAAUUCCAUUGGUUUUUAAGAAGAGUGUCCUGCUCUGUCCUUAAAGCUGACUUUGCAAGUGAUCUUAACCCCGGGUUGUGUCUCAGACUCUGGAAACUUUAACGUAUGUAUAAUGUGUCAGAAGUUUUGGGUUUUCUGACUGUUUUGUUUUUAGUUUAAUUCAAUUAGAGAAACCUUUGAAAAUGGUGAUGUUAUUUCUGGUAUUUAGGAAGCAUUUCCGUACUGUCAGUGUCUUGUGUCAUCAGAAUACCGGUGGCUUAGAAUCAGAGAUUCAGGCCUUUGGCCUGGUACACGGUGAACCCGGGCAUCUUAUGAUGGAGCUUGUUGUUAGUAUAUAUUUAAAUGUCUGGAACCUUAAUAGUAGAGAGGUAGAGGUGUUAUGUAUUAAUCUAUCCCACUCUCCGUAGUGGGAGCUAGAUGCAGGAGAAGAAAGGCAGGUGUAAAUCUAGGAAGAGUGAGUCAGCAGAAGAUGUGCUUGGUCCCGGUGACUCCAUCCAUGAGUGCUCACAUCUCUGGCUUUUGCAGUCUAGUUAGUGGGGAUUGGGAUGUUAAUUACACAUUUCCCAUCCUUCCUGGCUGUCUCGUAGGCCUUCGUUUUGCUUUGAGAAAUGGAAUCCUCUGAGACAAGCCCACAGACCCACCAUCGGUCUGUUGCCUGGUUGCUGGGUUUUGACCUCUCCUUUCCUGUUCUGUCUGGCCUGAGAUACUGCGAGGGGUUGGAGGGGGUAGGUAGUUAAGUGACCUCAGGAGCCUGUUAUAGGGAGUAGCAUGCUCUUAGGCAGGAUCAGGUACCCAGUUUCACCUAUUGGAAAUUCGGAAACUCAAAAGCCUAAGGUAUCGCCUCACCCCAAACAUCUCAGGUCCCUCUCCUCCCUUCUCUCCCCUUCACUCUCCCUCCCCCACUCCAAGUCUUCUUUUUUCCAUUCUCUGUCUUUUUGACAGGGUUUCAUGUGGCCCAGGCUGGCCUUGAAUUCAGUUACUGAGGAUGUCCUUGUGUUUCGACGACGUCCUGUCUACCGAGGCCCCAGUCAUGCACCACCACACCACACCCUCCUGGGCUGUUUGGUGAAUCUGUGAUUCUGCCUUGCCUUAUAACAUACUCGUCCUUCCUAUUAUAAAUAGACUUUUUCUCUUAGAGGAAGUGGACGUUGGUCACUCGGAGACAAGAUUCCAGGGCGGAUUGAUGACUUGGAAUUUUGAUCUUGUCAUUUCAACACUUGGACAAGGGAACUUUGCUGUGCCUCAGUUCCCCCAGCUGUGAGAAUGGAGAUAAUGACGAUGUUCACGUGGGGUGGGGGCAAGGGAUGGGGCCAAGGGAAGAUAAAUUAAAUAGUUGCUUAUUUAAGUACUAUAAAUGAUGUCUGGCCUGUAAAGAGUGAUAUUGAUUAAAAACUCAACAUAAUUAUAAUACAAAAUAAUUAUAGUAAUAAGCCAUCUACUUCUUCUUCUUUUUUUUUUUUUUAAUGAGGAUUGUUAAGUAGCAUUGUUCCAUACAGUGAUCUGACAUCAGUACUAAAGCAAUAGGAAAAUCUUCGCUGCUUCCAGGAUCUUCUUGUUUCAAUGUUUAGAAAAGAGUCAGUAUUUCAGUGAGGUGGACAGAUGACUACCCAGGUCCUUUAUUUUUUCUGGAUUGGUGCUAUGUUGGAAAAAAAAAUACAUGCAAUUCCUCUCAAAGAAAACUGCAGAAAAUUGAGUGCUAGUAAAAGCUGUUAAUAUACACUUACUGUUAGAACAUGAAGAACAUUUCACAAUGGAAAAAAAAAAAAGAUGUACGAGCCCUGCCCUGCCCACCCUGGUUUCACUUUUACAUAACCUCUCCAUCCCUUACCCAUAUAUGUGCAUGCUUUGCAGAGUCUCAUAUAGAAACUUGAGCUGAUUUUCACUUUGUGCUGCAGGGUCGGUCCCUUGCUUCCUGCAUGGUUAUUACAGAUUUUCUUCUUCAAUGCUGUCAUUUGUCUAGUGGCCACAUUCUGCUCAACCGACGACCUCCUAAUGGACAUUACACUUGCACCCAGGAUCUUAAACCCGAGCAAGGUGUGGGGGGGUCCCUGCUUCAGAAACCACUCAGUCUUCCUCUGACCCCCUUUAGAAGAAUGAAUGCUGGCUGUCAGCCCGUUGGGAGUUAUCUUUUCUGUUGUCCUAAUUCACUUUCACUUUUUAGAUCCUGCUGCCAAUCAAAGUCCUCAGAGUUAAGGGAAGUCCCUGUCCUUGACCCACUGCGCCUUGGCUCUGACCUGUGUGUGUGCGUGCUAUAUAUGUCAUUCGAUACAUGGGCUGUGAUCCUGGGUUUGUUCUUUGGUUGGGGCACGAUGAGGCAGUUUGGAAACUCCAAGCAGCCAGAUAUUCUAUGGAACUAGAAGAUUAGCCAGGGCUACAAACAAUCCACUCUCUGAAUCACUCACAGUAUUACAUUGUUGAUAAAAAUAUAUUAUUACCUUUGGGGCGUGUGUGUGUGUGAUGUGUAUGUGAUAUAUAUAUAAUAUAUAACAGCACCAGUGUGGAGGUCAGAAUUCAACCUGUGAGACCCUGUUCUCACUUUCCACCAUGUGGCUCUCAGGAUCUCACGUUGCUGAGCUUGGCAGCAAAUAACCUUUGCCUUCUGUGAUAUCUCACUGGCCUUGAUAAAACACACUAAAACAUCAGUACCAACAGAAAAAAGCUAGACCCUGUAAGAUGCUAAGUAUAUACAUUUAUUUCCCCCAUGUCCCAUUUUUAGGUCCACUAAGGUCCCCAAAAUCUUUAAGCAAACUCAGAAACACAGGGCCAUGAUAUAAUCAGAAUGGGAAGAACUCCCACCAGUCCUUUCCUGCAAAGGUAAAACACCCUUUAAAUAGGAGUUAAUUCUCUAGCAGAUAACUAGCUUGUCUUCCUUGAUAAAGUACAUAUUGGGUUGAAAUUAUUAUAAUUAAUUUUGCAUGUCAUAUAAAAGUCCACUAUGCCUGCGCUUAUUCCAUGGAUCUCUUUAUUCUUAGCCAAGGGAGAGCUAGACGCCCAGUCCACUGUGGUGAGCUUUCGUGGAACUAGGGAGAUGCCCAGAUGAUGAUGCCUGGCAGGCUCCCCACAAGUAGGGGAUGUGACUGUGAAGUACCACCAUCAACGGGCAUUGAGCUUUCAGAUUGAUGAGGGUGUGUGUGUGUGUGUGUGUGUGUGUGUGUGUGUGUGUGU